CACUCCCAGCGGCCACUAUGCAGACCGUCUAUUUCCGGAGUUUUCCAGCAACGAAUACCCUGCCUAUGCAUACGACAACCCCAGCAGCAGUGUCAGCAGUAGUACAACUGCGAGCACACGCACGCGCCACUACACACACAGGCGCACCCCUAGUAAUGUCAGUAACGCUUCUAGCUGUGGUGGGACUGCCACUUCCAGUGUUAAACCCUACGUUUAGCCUAGAGGGCGAGACCACUGGAGAGUAUCAAACAGAUCUUCUUCCUCUUCUGGUCCCGGAACACCAACCAACCCCACGCCACCAGAUAGCCUCACCAGCGAGGACAGCAGCUACGUCUCUGCCAAGGAGAGUUCCUCCAACUCCGUGUCUCGUGUGCGGUUCUCUCCCAUCACUGCUACCAACCUGCUGGAUCUACCAACGCAUGGACAGACGCAGGACGUGAC